GGCCAUUUUGACCUCCCUCCCUGCUUCUCCCUCCUCAUCCGCGAGGGGCGGACCUCGUCGCGCUCUCGCCGCUUCUCGCGCGAGCCACGAGAACGGUGACGUCACUCUUCGCGGCGGAGAAUGCCUGCGUGUAGUGUGGGCCGCGAAGAAAACACACGGUGUAUGAUAUAUGUUUGAUGGGGCCGUGUGUACGAGUCCAGCGCAAUGAUGUCCUGAUGUGGCCAGCAAUGCAAGAUGGUUAGAGAGACUAGACACCUUUGGGUCGGAAAUUUACCGGAUAAUAUUCGAGAAGAAAGGAUACGGGAGCACUUCAAACGGUAUGGUAAGGUGCAGAGCGUGAAGAUCCGUCGCGAUGCGGACGGCGUUUGCGCUACGGUGUCGUUCAUCGACCUCCGGUCGGCGGCCAAGGCGCACGUGGCCGAGAACAAGCUGGACGAUCGGCUACUCAAGACCGAGUACUACGAGCCGGCCGCGGCCACCCUCUUCUCGCACGACGACGGCGCGGCCGGCGCGUCGUCGUCGUCGGCCUCUGCGGCGGCCGCGUCCCGGGUCGCGCCGUCGGCUCUGGUCGCGCCCGGCGGCACCGUCGGAGUCGGCGGCGGCGGCUCGGCGCUCGUCGGACCCGGCUGCCCGCCGUCGGCGGCCGUCGCGCCUCCCGGCGCACCCUACGCCCCGCAGGGUCCCGCGAGGAACCCAAGGUUUGUCGAUGAGCGGGGCUACUACUACGAUCGUACGGGUGACCGAGACCCGUACGUGCGGCGAACAACGGGCUAUCACGACGAGGACAGCUACCAAAGCAGGGGCCGCUCGAGAGAUCGAUACGCACGCUCGGCGGCCUCCAAUGCAUCUGCCUACCAGGACGGGACGGACAGGUGCCCGGCCUCCUCCAUCUUACCUGGACAGUACGGGAGUGGAAGCCACUUCCGGAGUCACGGCGUAUCACCGCGGCAGCCAGCACCCCUGCCGCAGUCAAGCCACUUCGACCCCCAAGGCGGCUACGGCUUGAGUCCAGCGGGCGAACCCUACCCCGAUGAAAAGGACAGCGGUUCGCCGUCGGCGGUGCGUGGCGGGCUCGCCUCACGGCGAGGCUCGGCGGUCAGCUCGACAGUCACCUCACCUCCGCAGCAGCCGCAGCUGCAGUCACAGACGCAGCAGCGGUGUCACAACAAGCACGGUUCGAGGUCCCAGUCACGCUCACGCUCCAGCUCUCGGAGUUCAAGCUGCAGCCGCCUAGGAUCGUCGUCUUCUAAGAUUCGCUCCAGCUCUAGCGACAGUAGCUGUCGCUCUCUCUCACCUAACAAGUCACCCACACACCAUUCAAGCAGCAGCACCAAGGCGUCACGCGGCGAGCGGCCAGCGAGCGCAGUGACAGCACCAUCAUCGAGUUCAUUCUUGCAGUCAACCAUCUCCACACCAAACACCAGUAGCACCAACGCCAACAAUGGGAGCAGUAGCAGUGGCAACUGCUUGCAAAACAAUAACUCCCUGGACGGGAGCACAUUGGGCGACAGGGAGGACAAGCGGCCACUCGGCAUCUGUGUUCGGAACCUACCAGUCAGAUCCACUGACACAAGCUUAAAGGACGGCCUCUUCCAUGAAUACAAGAAACAUGGCAAGGUUACUGUCGUCAAGGUCAUUGGGCAAGGUACCGAGCGGUACGCUGUGGUCUGCUUCAAGAAGCCCGAGGAUGUGGAGAAGGCACUGGAAGUGUCCAAGGACAAACUAUUCUUCGGCUGCAAGAUCGAGGUGACAUCGCACGAGGGCCUGGACGGUGAGGACAACGAAUUCAGGCCACUCGAAGCAGAGCUGGAUGAAUACCACCCGAAGGCGACGCGGACUCUCUUCAUCGGCAACCUCGAGAAGGACAUCACCACCACAGAACUGAGGAAACACUUCGACCAGUUUGGUGAUAUAAUUGAAAUUGACAUCAAGAAGCAGGGCUCGGCGUCGUCGUACGCCUUCAUCCAGUACGCGGACAUAGCGAGCGUGGUGAAGGCCAUGCGCAAGCUAGACGGCGAGAACCUGGGCGCCAACCGCAUCAAGCUGGGCUUUGGCAAGAGCAUGCCCACCAUGUGCGUCUGGCUAGACGGGGUCACCGACCUGGUCUCGGACAAGUUCCUCAGCCGCACCUUUGGCCGCUAUGGGCCCGUCUCCUUUGCAGCCAUUGACCGCGAGCGCGGCCACGCCCUUGUCUACUUCGACAGCCUGGAGUGUGCGCAGCAUGCCGUGGCAGAGAUGCGUGGCAGGGUCCUGGGCGGCAAGAAGCUGCAGGUGCGUCUUCUACAUACUGUGCCUAUGUUCCUGGAAGCCAAUCUUAAGGUUGAUUUUGCUAGUCGUGAGUGUCAGACAGCUUUCUUUGACAAGAUUGAAAUGUCUGGCCAAGUGCUCCAAGGUGAACGGCCCUGGGAGAGGAGGGAUCGUCGCCAGGAAUUUGACGUGAUACGUGACGAGAGGUUUCCAAGGGACAGCCGGGGGGUAACCUUUGAUGGUCGUGGCUACAGCCGGUACGAGGCCCAGCAGCGCUCCGCUGGGCGGGGUCCCUUUCGUGGCCUGCAGCGAGGAGGCACCUACAACAGCAGAGGCCGAGGCCAACCAUUCCAAGGGCGUUAUGACAGUGGCGUCUACCAUGACGAGUUUGGUGAACGGAGGCACCGGUUUCCAGACAAGGAAGACGGCUUAGAGGAUAUCACUCCGUAUGACGAACGGGCGGAGCGCCUCAAGCACAUAGAUGGAGUAUUGGGCACUGCAGAUUGGGCACCCCGCAAGACGAGCAGCAGCAUCAAAAAACACCGCAACUCAACAAGUGAUCAGGAGAGCCACCACAGCCAGUCACCACCGCAGUCCCGGCAUCACAGCCGGUCCCCGCCACCGUCAGUCAAGGGCUCUAAGAAGGGAUCGUCCAAGGAGCGGCCUUCCCAGCGGCACCGGCUUAGCCCUGGCCGGUCGUCCUCCCGGAGCCCAGUGGUUAGGGAUGUGGCUUUGGAUUCGGAUGAUAUGCUUGUGGACGUGCGUGACAUACGGCGACGUUCUUUAGACAGCACUCUAAAGUCGGACUCUAAGGAAUUGCCGCUGGCUUCCGUGUGCAGCAAGCUGGAGGCAUUUCAGGACUCCGGUGCUGAACGGAUACGCAGCAGCAGCAGCAAUAGCAGUCGUAUGAGGAGAGACGAGGAUGUUAACUCGACAAGCGAUUCCCCAUCACAGCUGGAGCGCAAGAGACGCUUGCUGGGGCUCAAGGAGAGCUCGAGUGGUUCACGCCCAGAGGACAGCCGCAGUGACACGGACUGCGCCGAAGGUGACGAAGAGCUGUCUGUACGAUCUGACAGCAAGUACCUUUCUAAGCAGGUGCAAGACAUUCUAAGCUCCAGUGAUGGCGAGUGUUCCCCCUGCACUGACGGAGCUGCCAGGAAGAAGGGGAAGGGUUUGCCAACCGACACAUGUGCAGCGGCCAGCCGUUCGCGGCCGGCCAAAGACAUUCCCAGUGUUGUGUCCAAGAGGUUACCCACGAACUGUAGGACUGCGGGUAGCUUUGAGGCUAAAUUUUCUGUGGAAGUGCCGAGUGUCAGGGUGGGCGAAUUGUUGCAGAGUUCAAGGAAGCAGGUGGAUCCACGGCGGCAGCUUGACCACAACAAGGUGUCCUCCACUGUGAGCAGUUACCUUCGUGCAAAAAAGGUGCACUCAGACAAGCUGGACCUGUGUGUGGGGGGUGACCGGUCAAAGAUGUGCGACCCGAGCCUGGUCUCGUCCACGGACAGUGAGAUGGGCUCACAGGAUGCGUCCCUGCUGGCGCACUUGGCCCACAGACAUGGUGAGGAAGGUAUUGACGAGGUGUCCUCGUCGAGUGACAACCCACAGCCGCCAGUACGGACACGACCUUUUCGUGAGUCCAGCCCGCUGUCCCUGCCCCUGCCCAAGUUUGCAGCGGCAUUGCGCUCACCUAAGGCAUCUCCUUGUGUGGCUGCAUCCCCGAUGGCCAACUCGCAGAGCCCACAUGGCAACUGUUCACCCCUGAGUGCCUUGAACACCAAGAACGGACCCGUGUUCCCAGAAGCCCUGGCGCGGCCUGAGAAGCCAGUGGAAGAAAAGCCAGCAGAAGUGAUCCCGCCGGAGUCGGUGCCCGAGGCUCUAUCCCCAAGUCCAUCCCCCAAAGGGCUGAAGGGCCCUUCCGAUUCCAAGCUGCCCGAGAGUUCUUCGGACUCGGAGAGCUCAUUGCCUUCCCCAAAUCGUCCGUCCUUUGAUGAACAGAUACGGGCACUCGAUGAGAGGUACAACGCCCUCACGGGACCCACUCGAACAUUCACGGGCCCUUCGAUGGCAGGUUGCACAGUAGAAACACCAGCGCCAGUGACCAUCGACUACAACAAGUACAACAUCAAAAAGAGGCCCAGGUUUCCGGCGCUUUCUCAGGAGUUUCGUACUGAGCCAUCAGAGAUAAUGAAGACUCUACUGGCCAAGACCACCAUCCUGGACCAGGACUCCAAGCGGCUGGAGCACAUCAACGAGAAGUAUGAGCCGAAGGAUGUCAAGCUCGACCUUUGCUCGAGCAGUGCCAAGCCAUUGUUUCGUACCAAGGCAGCUGCCAAGGAGUUCUCAACUCCACUGUCACUCCCUUCCCUGGGCUUUUCUUCGUGCGCUCCUGCCACUUCUACUGCUCUGCCCCAGGGUGCCUCUAGUCCAAGCUUCACUCAUGCAAGCACCGUUGCUCCUGGAGCGUCCCCUAGCCAAACAGUUCCUAAUUGUCCUUCUCAGUGCACCACAAGCCAGACACUUGCAGCUCCAGCCCCACUGGCAGCACCAGAGCCUCAUCCGAAACAUGUGCCGCUGAUGGUUGCAACGUCUUAUAAUGACGUUCCUCCCACAAGGACUGUUCCACCCUCCAUACUGCGGCGAGACUCUUCUCCACCCUGUGUAGUGAAACAGGAACCAUUCCAGAGCCCACCUCGAAAUCCCACACCUUUGUCACCCCCUGCUGCGGUUGUGGUGAAAAAAGAGGUGAUGUCACCAAGGGCUUCUUCGUUACUUCGGCGAGACUCUUCUCCUCCGGUUGUGGUCAAGCAGGAACCCUUCCAGAGUCCACCACGAACUCCUGCUCCACCUUUGCCUCUGGCUGUGAAGAAAGAGCCCGGGUUGGAUAACCUUCCGACGAGGAAAGAUAGCAGGAAUCGAGAGACAUGCACGGUCAAGCUGGAGCCCGCGGCUGUGAAGGAAGUGAGUGUGAAGAAAGAGGCACACAAAGACAGCAGCACUAAGAAAGAGUCCAGGAAAGAGUAUCAGUCGUCUUCCUCCAAGAACAUUCUAAGGGAGCAUCAUGCCACUUCUGAUGCCUCUUGCAACUCGGUGUCACAUAAAGAAAGGAGAGAUUCGCACUCUCACGACUCUUCGGACCUACCUGCACCCCUUCCACUGGCAGCAGUUAAGCAGAGGGUGUCAUCUAUUGACAGCAACGAAUCUGAUUCGGCAAAAUCAUCGCGAUCGAGUGAUGCCUACCUUGAAGUUCCCCCAGAAGCCACAUGGAACCGAAGCGAAGAUGAGAGACGUUCCAUAGAACCAGAAGCGAAGCGGCCAAAGUUGUCACAUUCCUCACGGGAGAGAGACAGCUUUGAUAAAAGCCACUCAUCCAGCAAGUCAAGCUCAUCACAUUCAAAGAAAUCUGAGAAGCGGCUCGAGAAGUCGUCAUCCUCAUCGUCGUCGUCUUUCAAGUCGGAGAGGACAGAAAAAUCACAUUCGUCCCACUCAUCGAAAAACGAGUGUGGUGACAAGCAGGAUAUGAAGUCGUCAUCCGAGUCCAAACGCGAUAGCUCUAAAAGCAAAGAAGACAAGAAGUCAUCUAAGUCAAGGGACAGCAGGGAAAAGUCACGGGACCGACCUAAGGAAAAGGAAUCGAGUAAAGAGAAAGGCCAAGACUCUAAGCAUGGAUCUUCUUCUGGGUCUCACACCAGAACCAGCAGCAGCAGCUCUAAGCAACGAAAAGAGCAUGGGUCUGACCGUUCCGAAAAAGAUAAGUCUAGAUCUGAGAAGCGUACUUCAUCAACAAGCGAACAAUCAAGGGACUCAAAAUCAAAGUCCAAGAGCAAAAGCGAAAGCCACUCCGCAUCGGCCCCUCAGGCGUCCGACUUCUGCUUCCUGGAUGAUGAGCCUGUCUAUUUUUCCAUGUAUGACAAAGUGAAGGCACGUUCUAGCCAAAACCAAACCCUAAAAGAUCAAGCAAACAUGGAAACCAUGCGGCAAAAGUUCAGCCGGCUCAAGCAGAGUCGUGCCAAGAAGGGGAAGUCUGCGGACAUGGACUCAGAUCGGGAUUCGGAUCUUUCUAGUCACCACUCCUCUGACUCCGAGACCAAGUCUAGGGUUCCAUCUCACAAGUCCAAACAACUCACCAAGAAGCGCAAGCUGGUCAUUGAGAGCUCGUCUGACGAAAACGAACAGUCGUUUGCGAUGCGGCUCUUACACAACAAGAACGAUGACAGCAGCGACUUUUGCUCUGACUCUGAGAUGGAAUCGUACAAGGAAGCCUUCAACAAGUGCAAGGAGAGAAAGGUGGACAUUUCUGAUGUUGAAACCUCAGAUUCUGACGAACCAUCUCACAUAAUGGCGGCAUCUCGAAAACAAAAGCGAAAGCAGCGUCACUCCUCUGAGAAGUCCACAAAGUCUCGGCAUGGGAAAUCGGAUAUAGAAAGCUCGGAUGCAGACAUCAGCAGAUCGCUAAAGAGAAAGGAGCUCAAGAAGAAAGCAAUGCGCAAGCCUAGCAUUCUCAAAUCUGAUGCUGAAGGCUCUGACGAUGAGUGCCAUCCAAAGACAGAUGAAGGCAAGUCGGUCAAGCAGAGAUUAUCAAGACAAGAGGAUGUCAGAGACAAGUCAGACAUAUCCCACACCAAGGAAACUGUUAGUCAUAGGAGCAGAAGCAGUAGCAAAAGCAAGCGCCCAAGCAAAGACACUGACGAGUCCAAACAUGAAGAAGACUCUGAACUGUCUAGGCAAAGGCACUCCAGUAAAAAGCGGAAAAAAUCUAAGAAGUCAUCUAAGUUAAAAGAAAAGAAAUCAACAGAAAAAUCCAGUUCAUCAUCACUGGCUGCUCCAUCACAGAAACGGUCUGACACACACUGGGAUGUUGGAGAAAUGUUAGACGAGUCUUCAGUGUCUUCGAAAUACAUUGGCUCGCCAAAACAAACACUGAAUUCACCACCUGUCCUGCAGCCAAGUAUUUUCUCUGAUGUGGAAAUGAAGUCAGAGCUGUCAGAUUACGACUUCGAGGCAUCAUCAAAGCCAACAGAAAAGCUCAAGGACAGGCAUCCCGAAGCAUCAUGGGACAGCAAACACAAUGUGGCAAUAGAGUUCUCCCCUGUAAAAGAGAUCAAACAGGAAAGAGAAGAGGUAGCAAGUGCUAAGCGAGAGAGUGACUCUGAACUUGACAAGAUCGUCGACGCCCUGACCGAAGCUGUUGAGCCACGAGGUCCUGCAGUACAAGAGUUUCCUGCCACAGACAAAAAGGAAGAGUACGAAAUGGAUAGGUUGCCCUAUGACGAUGUUACAUGCGAUGUACCAUCUACAAGACAUCUUAGCGAAGAUGAUGACAAGGAAUCGUCUUCGAGGCAGGAUGACGGGAAAAGCAAAGAACACAGGAAGAAAAAGAAGCAGUCAAAGGAGAAGAAGCGAAAGCACAAAGAGGAUGUCGUCCUACAGAGUUCCCCGGUGCGAGAGCCAAUCGAGGAACCUACUCCAGCAUUUCCAGCUGCACUGGACGAAGACAGCAAGCUCACUGAGGACAUUCGUUUGGACGAGGACAUAGCAGAGGAGGCAAGGCGUCUAGAAGAGGAGCUGCUGGCACAGUCUGAGGAGACCAGCACGUUUGGUGACGGAGACAAUGUGCUGAGGAGGGAAGAGAAGCCACUGCAGGCAGAAAGGCACUUUGAAGAAGAAGCCGCUAAGGAAACAAAGCGACUUGAGGAGGAGCUGUUUUCGUCGGGCAGGGACUCAUGGCAUAUGAAAGACGAGAAGGUUUACGAUGACGUUGCGCCCCAGAAGGAGCCUAAGACUGAUGUUCUGGAUGUGUCCUCAGCAAAAGAUAGCAGCUAUUCUAGCCUGGUAGCAACGGAGGAGUUGCCAAGCCGCCAUUCAGAGUCACCGCACUACCUCAGCCACGAUGUGCCAGAGCAGUUCAAGAUCGACGACAAAGAGCAGAACACGUAUGAGCUUGACAGCCCAAGGAAGAUGGAGGACGACCUGGCAGUUUAUGCCCUGCUCCAAGAAAUGGGGAACGACGGUAUCUCUGCCCCGGAACUUCCAAAGGAGCCUGACUACCUUGACCCUAUGGUGCAGCAUCAUCAGCAACAGCACGAGGAGUCUAUGAGCUUUUUGCUGCCUGAUGAGAGCUCAAGCUCCCUCCAAAUAGACACAUCUAUGCCAGAUCUCACACAAGAGGAAAGCAGGGAAUCUGGCGGUGCCCUUGAGUUCACAGACGCUCUGCAGUCUUUGCAACAGCCACAGCAGCAGCCACAACCACAACCACAACAGCAGCAGCAGCAGCAACUACAACACCAGCAAGAGCAGCCACAAAGUGAACAACAUGAAGAGCUUUUGGAAAAGACUUCAGAAGGUCCCAUUGAGGAGUCCUCCAGAUGUGAAAAUGCUGAGGAAGAGCCACCGAAGGAUGUAACAUCAGAGCCACCUUUGCUCAUUGAUGCUAAAGAACCUGAACCAAGCAUGGUGCCACCCAAAGAGCUCCCCGAUCUCACAAGAGCUGCACUGCAACCAGAAGGGCACACUACAUCAACAGAAGAGUCUGACAUUGCUGGAACCACAGCAGCUAAGCCCGAAAAGCAGAGGCUCAAGCGAAAGCGGCGGCGAAGUUCAAGAGCCGAGAGUGCCAGUCAGCGACUUCUGUCCGAUACAGAUGAAGAACACCAGUUUGUUGGUGACAAGAGGUAUGAACAGCCAGAAGAAUCCCUUCCAGCUGACCCAUACCAACCUGUCAAGGAAGAACCAAGGCCAUCGCUCACAGAAAGCACCCUUCUUCCUUCUACAGAGGAGUCUGUAGAGGAGAAGCCUGCAGAUGUCACAAAAGCUCCAGCUGAAAUGUUGAAUGAUGAGCCAAGCACGUCACCACAGCAUAAGGCUCUCCAAGUUACAAAGCAGGAAGAAUCGAACGAUGCCCAGACUGCACUUGCUUCUGACGUUGCAGCUGAACCCAAAGAAAAAGCUGAAGACAUGGAAAUGGUGGAAGAGAACAACGAGGAUACAGCAGACUCAAGGCCAAGCAGUGUACACCAGACUGAGGUCCCCAUUGAGAAUGACAGUAGUAAGGAUCAAGAGAUGUUUGACGACAUGUCUCACCGUGCACCAAUUCUUGAUAUCAUUGAGACCCUUAGUUCUCCAGUUGGAACUGGUGACGCUCAGGAGGGUGAGCAAGAUGAAGUAGUACACCAGGAAGUUGACUCUUCUGGCGAACAGCUGGAUAACACUCUUUCAGCAGAAGAAACACCAGCACAUUCCACCGAGCCCGCUGUAGCAGGAACAGAAGGUGUCAAGCGCAAAACAGGGAGCCGCAAGGGACGCAAGACAAAAUCGAGGAGGGCCUCUGUACCUCGCCUGGAAGUCGCUGAUGUCCCAAAAGUUCCUGCAAGGAGAGGCCGUGCCACAUCGGCUGACAAAGUGCGGCGCUGCCUAAGGUCAGAUAAUAUUGAGAACACGCUGUCCGAGACAGAAGAUGCACCUACGUUCCCAUCUGGCGAAGUCAAGAAUGAAGUUGGUAGUUUGGAGGCUGAGUCACUGCAGAUUGGAGGUGAAGCACAACACCAUGACGAAGAACGGCUGAGGCUCUCAUUUGACAGCAGUACAUCUAAAGAGAGCACUGAAUCAUCUGCUGCUCCGGCUGCAAGCCUCGCUGGUGGUCAUGGUGCAGACAACACCCUACCCGAAGAGAAGCUUGGCGACUUCUGCAUGGAUCCAUACAAAGAGGAACCGAAAAAGAGGAGAGGUCGAAAGAAGAAAAGCUCUGGUGAGCAUCAUCCAGGUCGCAUAUCACCUGUUCUUGACAAAACAUCUGAUCUGAGAAGUGAAGAGCACGAUUUCAAGGAUGCAGAUAAGCAGAAAGAACAACGGUCACUCUUCAUUUGCACGCGACAAGGCACAACAGUGCAUGAACACAAGUUGACGAAGGGCAGUACAGCCAGUGCCUAUGACGUGUAUGAGUUCAAGGAUUCCGAAGAUGAAGAGGAGACCCAGUUCGGGGGUACUGAUUGGCAAGUGGCACCUGAGAAGCACCUCGAGAGGCACAUAGAGGCCACCCCAAAGACUGCCGACCACGCCAUCCAUGAUGAAAGCAAGACGCACGAGUUGAGACCCGCCGAGUGUCCAGCCUUUGAAGGCAAGCUCCAAGAGUCUAAUGCUCACGAUGCCAGGCUACACGAGACCAAGACUCAUGAGCUGAGAUCUCAUGAUGCCAGUAGAAUGCACGACAUCAAGAGCCAUGAUGGCAAGGUUCAUGACAGCAAGACCAGCGAGACUGUCAAGACUUAUGACACCAAGGCCCAUGAUGCCAAAGCAAGCGACGCCAAGACCAAUGAGGUCAAGGUAUACGAGGUCAAGGCACACGAGGUCAAAGCUCACGAGUCACAGCAUGAGAAGCGGCACGACGAGAGCAAGCACAAGGCCUUCCAUCAUGAAGACAAGGAGGCUAGCACCAAGGAGUACGUUACCGAGCUGAGUCAGCAUGGCAAGAUCUCUAUCACUAUCCGUCUGCACCAGAAGGACGGCCAUGAUGGCAGCUCAUCCAGCACAGCUGAAGUGGUUAAGACAUCAGAAGCAGUCGCUGGGGACGACACUCGGCAGGAGAAGGUGCCACCCGCCAAGCAAGAACCAUCCGAUGCACAUCAGAUCAAGACCAGGAAGUCAGCUCGGCUCAUGUCGCAGGCCAAUAAGACCACCAUUGAUGAGACCAUUGAAGAUGUAGUCAAAGGACACUUCAAGGCACCUGAAGAUGAAGGUGACUUGCACUCUGAAGGGCCAAUGACCCGAGCUGCUCGAAGAACCAGGUCAAGCAGGCGGAACGAGGAAGUGUCAUCAAAGGCCGAUCCAGAGGGCACCGCUGAAGUCACAAAAACCAAGAACGAAACCCCAGUGCUUGUCAUUGCAGACAACAAAGUCAAGGAUAACAUUGAGGAGAACAAACCUGUUGCACCUGUUUCUACUAUCGUUCUUCCACCACCGCCGCCACCACCACCACCACCACCACCACCAGCAGUAGAAACGUUGAGUUCAGUAACUGAUACAGAGCACACUAGCAAGCCAGAAUCCAAGAUGUCUCUGCGGUCCUUCAGGUUCACAAGAUCUGCUGCAAAGGCAGAAAUGUCGAAGGACACAGGAGUGAAGGAAGAACCUACCCAUGAAGUUGAACCCUCCAAAGAAGACCUGUCUUUGCAGCAACAGUCUCGGCCAGAAUCAACUCAAGCAGAAGCCUUGCAGGCAACGCUUACUGCGCUACCAAUGAGGCCCGAACAAGUGGCUGUCAAGGAUGAGCAGAAAACAAAAGCCUCUGCAGGACUGUGUGAAACUGAAGACAGUGACUCACGACAGAGUCCAACAGAGCUCAUUGACCCUGUCACUGGCUUCCUGACACCUGUAAAUAAAAAUGGAGAACCCUCAGUAGCGGCAGCGGCAGCAGCAGCAGUCCCAGCAGCAGCAUCUGACAGUGAAGCUCUGUCAAGAAUUGUGAAGCCGCAAAGCCAACAGACAGCUUUGAAUGUCGUAGAGAGCAAACCAGCACCUGCCAGUUCUUCAGUAGAAGCAAGCACUCCAUCGUGGACAAUUCCACCUCAGUCCAAUGCUGUGGGCGACACAAAAGCACCAUUGAAGGAAGCCAAGCCUCCCCUUGAACUUAUCCAGCGACCACCAGUAUUGGCACAUGCUGGUGCUGCAAAGAGCCAUGGGAUCUUGCAAGGCCCUGUAAUCCACGGCAGACCUGCACCACAAGCAGUUGUUACAACCAUGUUACCAUCAGAGCUGCAGAAGGUGUCUGCUGCUCACAUGCGGCCAGAGGCAGCUGUGAGCAAGCCAUCUGAGAUGCCUGUUGGCCCUGCUGUGGCAGCCAUAAAGAUUCCAGAGCAGCAGGCACCCAGUAGCAUGCCAAUUAGCACAUCAGUGCCAACAGGAGCCAUGCCGGCUCACUUUGUCGGUGCCAAGGGACUGUCACUGCCGCCAGUGGGACAGCCCCCAGUGUCUCUGGGGCAGCCCCCAUCUGUGUCUAUGGGACAACCGUCCGUGUCACUAGGCCAACCCCCGGUGUCACUAGGACAACCAUCAGUGUCAGUAGGGCAGCCACCUGUGUCUGUGGGGCAGACCCCGGUAUCUCUCUGUCAACCUCCAGUGUCUCUUGGACAGCCCUCCAUGUCCCUGGGUCAGCCUCCGCUAGGCGUGUGGGUGGGAGCCCGUCCGCCCAUUGGACCCCAGUACCCACCGUCGUUCACUAGCCUGGCAGGACAACAGCAUCUGGCGAGGGGUGUGCACUCUUCAGUUGUACGGACACCAUCGCUGCCACAGCAGGAAGCAGCCACCAAGAUGCCUGGUCCUGCACAUGCGAUGGUUGGAGGACCCAACUCGGCACAGGUGCACUGCAACCAACCAAAGAUGGAGGGUCCACCAACACAGCUGCCAGUGGCACAGCAGCCCCACCAUCACCCACAGCAGCACAUUCAGCCACACCAGUCACAUCCGCAGCAGCACUCGCAGCUGCACGUACCAUCACCCCACCAGCAACUGCUGCAGCAGCAACAGCAGCAUCAGGUGCCUCAGCAGCAGGUUUCCCAGCACAAGGUGUCUCAACACCACCACCAGCCACUACAGCCACCACAGCAGCAGCACCAGCACCAGCAACAGCAACAGCAGCAAGGUCCAGGCUUGCACCCUCCACACCACCCAGGCGAGAUCAAGGGUGUGCCAGUAUCGGUGGCCCAACACCUUCAGUCGCCGCCGCAGCAGCCACACGUGGUUGCCACGAGUCACAUCAAGGCCGAGGGCUUUGCCAUGCCAUCGCAGGCUGUGGGACGUGUGGGCCCAGCAUCUCGCACACCUCCAGCCCCUGUGCCACGCCAGCUGACCCUGGUGGAGGGAGUCGUGCCAAGCAGAAGCCAGGGCCUGCCACAACAGCAGGGCCCUGCCAUCAUGACCCAAGCACCCACAAAAAUCCACGAACCGAGGACACCAGUUGGAUCCAAGGGGACCAUGUCAGGAAUGCAGCAUGCAGCCAAACAGACGGGCGGCUUCCUGCAGCCACCGUUUGGGGGCUACGAGCCCUCAGGAAUGCCUGGAAGCUCGCAUGCUGCCACUGGAGGCUCAACUGGGGUGGCUCCACCAGGCGGAGGCGUGAUAGCCGAGCUUCUGCAGAAUCCACAUCUGAUGCAGCAGCACAAGAACUACCAGCUGGCUGUAGCUGCUUCGCAGUACAUGGGAGGCGGGCCACUAGGGCGACCGGGAGCGAGCUUGCACGUCGGUGGCCCCAGCCAAUCUGCCACUCCGCCCCAAGAGCUGCUGCACCUGCGCCCUUCACCUGGUCAGCAACUGCUGGUGGCAGGCCACCUAGGCAUGCACCCGCCGGACCUCUCGGCAUACAUGCACCACCAGCAGAUGCUGUACGCAGCAGCGCAGCAGCACCCUCACUAUGCCCUGCCACCCGAAGCUCAAGGGCUGCGAUUUGCAUACCCGCCCGGUGGAUUCCGAGCGCCACCCGAGCCUCGCGAGGGUGUAACCAAGGAAAGCCGUCCACCACCACCCCUCAAAGGAAACGAUGCAGAACCCACCUUAGCCGAAGGAGCACCCAAAGAUGUCCCCAGCAAGGAGCUGCUGCGGCCACCGUUCCCACCAUUGCGACAGACGAGCCCCAGGGUGGCCUCCUCACCACAGGAGCGAGUGACGGACUCACCCGCGGUGGCCAGCCCCUACGGUCUGCGGGGGGCCGGUCACCUCGGGCCCACAGACAAGGGUCCUUCCUCGGACGAGCCCCCCAAGCCCCCUGCUGCCCACCAGGGCUUCCACGAACCAACGGGGGGUCUGGGGGGCUCACCGCCCUUCCUUCACUCACCUGGUGGUGCGUUGGCCCUCAAGAAGGAGGCCGACGUGGCCAAAAAGGGGGUUCCAUUCGAGCGACGCCAGACGGGCCUCGAGGCACCUUUGCACCAUGGGCCACCCCCCGCACAUGCCUUGGCACCUCCACCUGCUGCACCCAGAUCUCAGCCACAGACACCACCGCAUGCCAGCCAAGUGCCUCCACAGGGAGACUCUUUCCUAUUACAGCGCUACCCUGUCAUGUGGCAAGGUCUGCUAGCCCUAAAGAACGACCAAGCAGCCGUGCAAAUGCACUUCGUUUCGGGCAACUCGAGGAUUGCUGUCGCAUCACUUCCACCCAUGACCGACGGCUGCACGCCGCCAGUCCGCAUCGCACAGCGGAUGCGGCUUGAGCAGACCCAGCUGGAAGGAGUAGCUCGAAAAAUGCAGAUGUUGGACGAGCACUGCAUCCUGCUGGCACUACCUUGCGGACGAGACCACAUGGAUGUGCUGCAGCAGUCCAACAAUCUACGCAAUGGAUUCAUCAAUUACCUGCAGCUGAAGCAGGCUGCUGGCAUUGUCAACGCGGCUGCACCCGGCUCUCAGCAGCCAGCCUACGUGAUCCACAUCUUUCCAUCCUGCGAGUUCUCCAACGAGAACCUCGCACGCAUCGCACCAGACCUGUUGCACAGCGUCAGCGACAUCGCCCACCUGUUGGUCAUCAUCGCCACAGUGUGAACCAGGGAA